CAGAUAGACUAAUCUACAGAAGGAGUUUAUUCAAGUAUUACUCAGGGUGCCAGGAAGAAAAAGACAUUUGAAGUGAUUUUUAACCCCUUUAAAAAUACUUACUGUUAAUUUUAUAAACUCAAUCUUUUAUAAAUUAUCAAGGUGGAAAUAAUUUUCUUAGCUGGAGCAUUUUUAAGGGACUUGACAAAUUUGCAAGGCGUGUGUAUUCUACAAAUAUGAAGGAAUAUAUACUUCUACUUCUUGUGGCCUUAAGUUCUGCUAAGCCUUUCCAAAAGCCUUCAUAUUUCACCUUUAAAAAUAUAAUGCUCAUGGAUAUGGAAGAUCUGGAUGAUGAUGAUGAUGAUGAUGAUGAUGAUGUUGACGAUGAUGAUGAUAAAGAUGACAAUUCCCUUUUUCCUACCAGAGCACCCUUGAUACCAGUUGACAUAUUUCCAGUAUGUCCCUUUGGAUGUCAGUGCUAUUUAAGAGUUGUCCACUGUUCUGAUUUAGGGUUACCAUCCAGUCUACUGGAACUUCACCUAGAUGACAACAAAAUCUCUGCAAUUGAACUUGAAGAUUUCAUUCGAUAUAAAAAUCUUCAGAGGUUGGGGUUGGGAAACAACAAAAUCAAGGAUGUGGAAAAUGGAAGUUUUGCUAAUAUACCAAAUGUUAGAGAAAUCCAUCUAGAAAAAAACAAACUGAAAAAAGUACCUGUUGGUCUUCAAGAACUAAAAUAUCUACAGGUUGUCUUUCUUCACUCAAAUAGUAUUUCAAGUGUGGGAGUGAAUGAUUUUUGUCCAACAGAAAGAAGGCUGAAGAAAACAUUAUAUAAUGGCAUAAGCUUAUUCAACAAUCCUGUCAAAUACUGGGAUAUCCAACCAGCAACUUUUCGUUGUGUACUAAAUAGAAACAGUGUGCAGAUUGCAAAUUAUGGAAAAUAAAAUAGUACUGGCAAAGUAUUAUUGAAGUACUAUUAUUAAAACCACCAUUACAAAACUUGAACUGUUAAAAUCUGUAAAUUAUGCUGCCCAAUUUCUUUACAAAACUUAUACAAGAUUUAAUACAUUAAAAACACAACACCCAUUAAAUUCGUUCAAUUUAUUGCUCUAUACCUUUAAUUUGUGUAAUUUAGGAAUCUUUCUAGAAUAAAUUGUUUCUUAGUACAAAAUUGGGUUGUUUUGUUCACUGAGAUCCACAUUAGGUUCCCUUUUCUUAUAGAAGUAAAUAGUAAGUUUUAAAACAAUUUUCAGGGAUUAAAUAAUUUGUUAUGUACUGGAAAGAACUCCUGUAUAAGUAUUGAUCAUAGCUCAACAAAAGUAAACUAAACUGGCUUUAAAAAGCUUUAUAGGGCAUUUUAUUAUUAAUCUGAUAAUCUUAUUCAUUAUGACACUAGACAAUAUUUAAAUAUUUAUGCUAAAAUUGAAAGAUAAACCUAGUAUCAAGCUCUUUAGCCUCAAAGGCUUUAAUAUUUAUUCAUGCAGAUGUCUUGGAAGUAUACACUAAUUUUAUAACAAAAACAUAUAUAAUCUGAAUAUUAACCAUGUAGAAAUAUUUUUAAGAGAGAAAUGAGUAUAUUCUCUGCACAGGGAGCAGAAAUACACAAUCUUGUAUUUCCUGUAAGAGGUUAGUCCAGUUAGGUUAGAAUUUUAAGAUCUAAGAUUAGAAAAGUAUUUUAUUUUGUGGUAAAAUAUUUUAGGCAUAUGGGGAUCUUGAUCAUGUGCAGCUCAUAAAUAGGAGAGAAACAGAAAGAGAGAGAGAAGUUAUUGUAUGCAGAGAGAGUCAAUGACAGUCACAGACUGUUAUACCUACAAAUAGUUCAUUUAAAUAAACUGAAAACUGCAUUAAAAUCAUUUAUUUUCCCACAAGCAGUUAUAGGUAUUCUGGCUAGCCUUCCCUUUACAUGUGAGAUAAACAGAUAAAUAGCUUUAAAGACAGAAAACAAUAACACAAAUUAAUACAGAAUAAAGAAAACAAAGGAAGAAAAAAGCAAGAAAAAAGCUCUUCACAUGUGUUUUUACUUGAUGUAAACAAUACACUUUCAUGACUAAUUUAAGACUUUUCAACUUCUUGUCUUUUAUGUAUUAUUAAAGCUGGAUCCAAUUCUUGUAUAUUUCUGCUUUAGUACUGUAACUUUGCUUUAGUCCAACUUGCAUGUACUGUAUACAAAAAUUAUGGUUGGUUAACUGAUGAUGGUACUGUAUGAAAAUAGCUAUCUACUUCUAUAUUUAAUGCAUUGUUCAUUUAAGUUAAGAGAAUAGAAAAACGCUCAGUUGUUUUAU